GGUUUGAGGGAUAUAUUUAUGGAAUGUGGACAUUCAUUCCUUCAACUUCAGUAACAGCUUUAACCUGGUCAGGGUCACGGUGGAUCUGGAGCCUAUCCCAGGAGCACUGGGAGUGAGAUGGGAAGACACCCUGGACAGGAGGCUAACUCAUCUCCAAACUACAGAAGCUGAUCAAUUACAUUUGGAGUCAGCGGAAUAGUGUGUUUUGUUUUGGAUUUCUGUAGAAGCAUUCCUUCAAGGUUUCCAUUUAAGGUGCAAAAUAAGACACCAUGUAUUUUGUUUUUGUGAAGUUUGCUAACAGGUUUUGUCACAUUUUGUUGUGAUUACAUAAUGAAAAGAGAUCAUGAAAAGCUGCAGGAGGAAGAGAGAGAUCAGGUUAGUGCCUCGAGCCCUGGCCGUCUCCAUGGUAACAGCUCUAAACAAGGCACUGGAGCUGAGAAGUGCUGUGGAGCCGACACUGUUUACUGUCUGAACUAAAGCUGCAGGUCAGGAGGAUGCCGAAGAAAAAAGCGAAGAAGGGAGGAAAGAAGGGGAAAGGAAAUGCAAAGAAGGAAAACAAAUCGAAUUCCAACACGGAUAAGGAGUGUGACAGUGAGAGAGCUAAAGCUAACGCGGCUCUGUGGGAGGCCCGGCUGGAGCUAACGGAAAACUCGCGGGUGGAGUAUCGCGAAGCGGCUCGCAGGCUGGCCCGGGCAAACGAAGAGCUCACCAACCAGCAGUACAGAGCCGAGAAGGACACUACGGACAUCAUUGCUUUUCUGAAAAACAAAGAACUCGAGAAAGAAGCACAGAUUGCUGCAUUGGAAGAACAGCUGAAAGAUGAGAAAUCAAAAGCCCUACGGGACAGAGAGUUUUUAGUUGCGGAGUAUACGGUGAAGAUUAAUGAGCUGGAAGAGAAGUUUAAGAAGAGAUCCAGAGAAUUUUCCAUGAUUCAGGGGGAACUCAAGACCAUCAAGGAGUUCCGAAAAAAGAAAGCUCAUAUGGAACAAGAACUGAUCACUAUGAAAGAAAGCAUGUACAUUGCUGACCGUGAACACAAGGAGAGUCUUGCUAGAAUGGAGCAUAAAUUUUUCAUUGAAAAGGUCUGUUUAGAAAAGGAAGCAGAGCAGAGAAUUGCCCAGCUAGCAGAGAAAGCCCACAAUGAGGCAGUUGUGCAACUGGAUAACGUGUCCCGCUCAGUGUUUAAGGAGAAUGUGCGUUUGAAUGAGGCACUUGGAUAUCAUUUGAAAGAGGCAGAAGAGCUGAAAAGGAGCAAUAAGGCCCUGGCAGAGGAGAAUGCUUCUCUCAUCCUGGAUAAGGAGACUAGCAAGCUAAUGAUGACAGACAAUGUGGCUCAGCUUGCAGCCCAGCGGAGUGAGAUCUCUGAGCUAAGGGCCAACGUAGCCACUUUGGAGCAGGAGCUGACCCUCAUGGAAACCAAGUUUGAGCAGGAGAAGGUGGCCAUGCAGGAGCGAGCUGUAGUUAGGGCUCAGGCUGGAAGGGUGGAGCUGGAGAAGCUGCAGAAACUACUCGCCAUGCGUGAACGUGAGAUUAGCCGAGUGAAGAAGCUUGCGCGCAGCAUUGUGGAACAGCGCACCCAGCUCGAGCUCUUCUUCCAUGAGGCUCUGGCUCAAGUUAAGCAGGAGAUCAUAACCAGCCAGAUCCAAUACAGACAGGAAGCAAUGGAGGCUUAUCGGAAACGGAUGAGGGAAGCACAGUCAGGGAGGAAGGAGUACCCCCACAUACGCACCUUUAACAAAGCUCCACACAGCACCAACAAUGUUUACAAUGAUUUGGAAGAGGCUGAAAGGUGGAACAACCUGCAGGGUUCAAAAGUGGACAUUUCUGAUCUGACCUGGGAGCAGAAGGAGCGGGUGCUGCGGCUGCUCUUUGCUAAAAUGAAUGGUCUGAAAACAAGUAGAGCAGUGCAGCUUCCAGCUCUGUCACCAUCCUCUGAGAGGGACCAGGAUGACAGCAAACCUGAAGUCAGAGAAGAAUCUCCCAUGACCUUUAUAACCCAGGCAUCCGUGUCCAACAUGACUUCUAACCCCAGCGGCCUGCCACAACUACCAAGCACCUGAACCUGGUUCACAUUACCACAUGAUACCACAUAAUCAUGUGACCAAAUACAAAUCAACCUUCCUACACACGCAUUAGCUUGUCUUUUUACUGAGAAGUAUCUUUUCUAUAGAAAGAGACAGUAUUUCUAAACCAUAUGAAUUAAGUGUUUAUCUAAAGGGAAUGACUUGGUUCUCUGUGUGAAUGAAAUGAAUGUGGCA